GCGUCUGUUUACAAACGAUUUCCAGAGUGUUUUUUUCUCAGUGAAAGAUAGCUGAAGUUUAGCAACAUUUAACUAGUCAAAAUUGUAGUAAAAUUGAGUAAUAUCCAGUCCAUGGUCGCCACAGGUUCAUCGUUAUUGGUGCAUGACAUGCACAUUUACCAUCUCUAGCCAGGGUCGAAAAACCACUUGCAUUCCAAUUUCUUUGCUGCGUUUUCACUUUCACAAAUACAAAUCAUCGACAAAGCGGUCGCUGCUCAAUGGACAUUAUCAAUUUGUGACUCCUCCAAUCGACUGAUAACUACUGCCAUACCGCGACGAUGGCGCUGAUAAGCCCACGGCACUGAGCCAAAUUCUUCGACAAAACUGUUUCUAGCAGCUGUUAAGCAUAGUUAACUUUGCAAUAAAUCAUCGGGCGGGGGCACAAGACGACCGGAUCGAGUUAAUGGAGCUCUUGCAUCGCACCCUCCUCAGCGCCCUCGGUGCGUUGUCUGUGUUCUACGCAUUAGUCAAAGUCAGCCUUGGCUACUGGAAGCGACGGGGGAUCCUCCACGAAAAGCCAAAGUUCUUCUGGGGCAACAUCAAAGGCGUGGCGAAUGGGAAGCGGCACGCCCAGGAAGCUCUUCAGGACAUCUACACUGCCUACAAAGGCAGAGGAGCGCCUUUUGUGGGCUUCUACGCCUGGCUGAAGCCAUUCGUUUUGGUGCUAGACCUAAAGCUUGUCCAUCAAAUUCUUUUCACCGAUGCGGGACACUUUACCUCGCGCGGUCUCUACAACAAUCCCAGCGGAGAGCCCCUUUCGGGCAAUCUCCUGCAACUGGAUGGUCACAAAUGGAGGACUCUGCAUGCCAAAUCCGCCGAGGUCUUCACGCCCAGCAACAUGCAGAAGCUGCUCCCUACGCUUGUACAGAUCACAAGGAAAAUUCAAGGCCAACUUGGCAAUGAGAAUCUGCAGACCCUUAAUAUAAGCGAAUUGGUGAAUGGUCACCACAUUGAUGUGAUGGCUUCAAUGGUCUUUGGCUUGGGACAUGGCCAGGACAACCAGGAGUUCGCCAAGUGGACGCGCAGCUAUUGGAACGACUUUAAGCUGUGGCGGGCCUAUCUGGCCAUGGAGUUUCCGAUCAUUGCUCGGCUGCUGCAGUACAGGAGCUACGCAAGGCCGGCCACAGCAUACUUUCAAAAACUAGUAUUGUCUCAGUUGGAGGAACAGCGUCAUAGGGAUCGUCAGCCGCUUCAAACGUUUCUCCAGCUGUACUCCAACGCGGACCAGCCAAUCGACGACGUUCAGAUUGCCGCCCAGGCAUUUGGUAGCCUCUUGGCGGGUUUCGUUCCACUAAAUGCGACUCUAAGCUUUUGCCUUUACGAGUUGGCACUUCAACCAGAGCUACAGGAUCGUGUCAGAGCGGAGAUUAGGAAAACUCUGGAGCAGCACGGUGGAUAUUUGACGCCGGACGCUCUAAGGGAGCUCAGUUAUACGAAGCAGGUCCUAAAUGAAACGCUUCGUCUGCACACACCACAUCCCUUCCUCCUGCGUCGGGCCACCAAAGAGUUCGAGCUGCCCAGAUCGGUGUUUGUCAUAGCCAGAGGGAACAAUGUACUGAUUCCAACGGCGGCCAUUCACCGGGAUCCAGAGAUAUACGAGAAUCCAGAACGUUUCGAUCCGGAUCGGUUUGCGGAGAGCGCCAGACAGUCUCGACCACCAGCUGCCUUCCUACCCUUCGGCGAGGGACUGCGUGGAUGCAUUGCUGCUCGGUUCGCGGAACAGCAGCUAUUGGUAGGUCUGGUGGCUUUGCUGCAGCGCCACCGGUACGCUCCCUGUGCCGAGACCUUGAUUCCCAUGGAGUACGACAAAAAGAGGCUGUUACUGAUGCCCAAAACGGACAUUAUGCUCAGUGUGGAGCUGGUGGAUUAAGCUUUAGGGGGUCUCCCCUCCUCUCGGUGGAGGGGAGCACGAUUCAUUCGUAUUGUUUGCUUCGGUAUUGCUGUGGAGUAUCGCUUUUCUGUACAAAGUUGUGUUUAUAUUUGUAUAUGCACCUAAUUCGUUGAUUUCCUAAAGCUGUGGACUUGUGUGAUAAUGCUGACGAUGACCUUUAUAAUCUACUGCACAUACAUCAAGAUUGUAGACAAAUAAAUACCUUUAUUGUUACCAAA